CACGCGGGGAGAGAGAGAGACUCGAGGCUUUCUGCAAUGAACAUUUAAUUAAUGUGGGUGGGCUGAGGGAACACAACGGGUGUUUAUCAUAGACAAUUUAUUUUCCAGCGCUAAGUCAACAUAAAACAGCAAAACGGAGAACAAUUAUUUAACAUUUUAGACUCAUGAAGCGGACACACCGGUGGCGAUCUCUCCAGACUGAAACUGUCCUCCGAAGUCAUGAGUUUAUACCACAGCCCUGUUCCACAGCCCGGCGUGGCUGCAUCGGCUCUCACUUUAUCGAAUUCCUCCCUAAUCUAUGUUUACGGCGGCGAAGUUGGCGGCAUCAUUCCCGCUUUGGGAUUCGCGUCAAGCCGGCAGGAGCCCCCGCAGAAACCUCCUUACAGCUACAUCGCGCUCAUCGCAAUGGCAAUUAAGAACGCGCCGGACAAGCGCGCGAGUUUGAGCGGGAUCUAUCAGUUCAUCAUGGACCGCUUCCCCUAUUACCAUGACAACAAGCAGGGCUGGCAGAACUCGAUCCGCCACAACCUUUCGCUGAACGACUGCUUCAUCAAAGUGCCCAGAGAAAAGGGACGACCGGGGAAGGGCAGCUACUGGACGCUGGACACCAAAUGCCUGGACAUGUUCGAGAACGGAAACUACCGGCGACGGAAGAGAAAGUGCAGGACUCAGGAAACGGGAGAGAUUAAAAUCGGACAUAAGAGAACCCGAGCGACGACCCUGAACUCCAAACUUCUUCAAAGCGCCCAUUUGGAGAAAGAGUCAUCGCUUAAGGACUCGGAAAUAAGCAAGCGGCAACACGAAAAACCUCCCGAAAGAGAUCUUAACAUCCACGGGAAGUUUAACUGCACCCAACAACAAAACAGCGAGGCUAAUGUGGCCACACGCGCCUCCGAAUCCACGAAAGACUGGUUUUUAGCACCCUUGACCACAGCGGGCACUAACCCAAAAUGCUCGACGCCUGAACAGGCCAGCACAGUGUCUCUAAACAAUCUAAAUGGCACAAACGCUGCGCCUUUAAACGCGCGAGAGACGCCGGUACCCGUGACGAAUCACAUUGGAAGCGCGCAAACUGGAGACGCCAAAUCCGCAGAAACGAAUGCUCAGACGCAGCCUCGAAAAACAACAGACAAAUCGAAGGAGUUUAGCAUUGACAGUAUUCUGUCCAAAAAGGAGAACCAGUUCCAAAGAAUGCGCGGCGUUGCUGGAGGAGCGCAGGUCGCGUGUUUGGAGGAGCGCGGUUACGCACUCACGUCGUCGCUGAUCGCGCACGCGCACCCACAGCUGUACCCGCGCGGACUCCCGCUCUGCUCCUACCUGUCUCUCACCUGGCCGGACAAAAUACUGAACUUCAGAGAGAAAACAGAUGAGAAAUUAUUCUUUUGACGACACUUUUAUGGCUUGACGAAUCCCAGACCGUAGCAAAGCAGUUCAACCAGCUAAUAAUUAUUAAUUGCAAACAAAAACAGAUCUAUACAUAAACAUAUCUAUCAAGCGUUCAGGCUAACUAUUAUUAUUUCUACUGCUAUUAUUGUUGUCUUUGUGGAAUUCAACAUGGGUGGCCACUCUAAAGAACAGUAUACUGUACAGUAUACUAACAAUCAAUUCUAAUUAUGUGUAUACUAUGAUCAAGAACGCACUCUUUGUCUUUGAUAAUGAUAAAUGAUAAUGUUUAUAUGAACAAGGUUCCUCUCAGAUUCUUGGCAAAUCGCAUUGUGCUGUUGUUCUUGUCCUCUUCUCUACAAAUACAGAUACACAAAAACUCAAACCUGAUUUACUGCUUAAUGAUUCAUUUGUGGAAAGAAAAGAAAAUGAACAAGUUUGUACCUUGUACUUUCAAUUUGUAUUGAAAUUAUUUAAAUAAACAAUAAGUAUGAGUAAAACCUUGUUGAAAUAAACAUCUUCAAUUUCCCACACAAAAGAACCUGAUAUACUGUAUAUAUAUUCUAUGAAAAUAUUGACUCCAACUCAAACUGAAACCCUAAAGAAUCCCAUUUUUAUAGAGGUGAAAUUUAUAUCAGUAAGAGGAAUUUACAAUUGUGCUUUCUUUAAUAUGUUUUACUUAAUAAAGAGCUUUUUGGGGCAAGUAUUUAUAUAUUCAUAAUAAUGAAUGACAGCGAUGUCAUUUUUCUAUAUAGCCAAAUUAGCUACUAUUUGUUGCUACUGCUAGGACUAUACAUAAUCCUCAUCUGUGAAACUGAUCUACCACAUGUAUUUCUUGCCACCAUAUAUAGCCAUAAGUGAUUUUUGAACUGAAAGGUCUAAGCCUCACUGAGUGCAAAUCAGGAAUUCUUGUGGAAAUAAAUAAGCUUUCCCACAUUCAAGCAGAGGAACUCACAUCCACAAGCAUUUCCUGUGUAUAGGAUUCUUUUGGUCAGAAGUGUAAAUAGAGCAUCAUCCUUCUGAAGGCUUGUAGAGAGAAAGAGACUACAUCUCUCAAUCUGCUGCCUCCAUCUGUCCUCCUCUUCACAGAUGGGCUCCUUAGAUGGAGCAGUGUGCAGGACUCUGCUGGACCGCAGCCCUGAAUUUGCCAUGGCCAUUAUGAAAUACUGCUAUCUCUAAAGUGAUCUUUAAGAUUAUAAAAAGAAUGUUCUUUCAUA